CCCUCCGGCUCUCCAGGCGCGCCUCGGUUUUUUCGCGCAGUCCUCGCCUCAACGCCAUUAGAUUACUCCCCUCCCCCCCACACCCCCUCCCACCUCUCCGCCUCAGGACUGGGGAGCCGGGCGAGGAGGAGCGGCGGGGAAGAAAGGUUCUCCUUCACGGAGAGACCGCCAUUGACGUUUUGACUUCGGGGGCGAGACCAAGGCGUUGCCCAAAAGGCGACCGGGAUAAAGCCGGCAGCUCCUCCUUCUUUCGGCAGUCCUCUCCGGACCCCAGUCUCCUCCCCACCCAUGCGCCUUUCAAAAUGGCUGGGAUCCCUUUGUAUUUUGUGGAUUUGCAGGAUGACUUAGAUGAUUUUGGGUUUGAAGACUAUGGACCAGAUUGUGAGAGCAUGAGGAUAACUGCUUUCCUGGACAUUCCAGGGCAGGAUAACUUAACUCCACUUGGACGUUUAGAAAAAUAUGCUUUUAGCGAUAAUAUAUUUAACAGGCAAAUAAUUGCCAGGGGUCUACUUGAUGUCUUUCGAGAUUUCAAUCAUAAUGAAGAUGAUUUCUUGACAGUUAUGUCAAUAGUGGUCCGGCUAUCUGAAGAUACAGAACCUACUGUACGGACAGAAUUAAUGGAACAGAUACCACCCAUUGCCAUUUUUCUACAGGAGAGUAGGCCAAACUUUCCUGCAGCAUUUUCUGAAUACCUUAUGCCUAUAGUGGUGAGAUACCUCACAGAUCCAAAUAAUCAGGUUAGAAAAGCAAGCCAGGAUUCACUGCUAAUAUUACUGGAUCAACAACUUAUUGCUCAACAUGAUAUUGAAAAUAAGGUGUGUCCAAUUCUGUUGGAGCUUUCUGCUCCGGAAAGUGAUGAUGAAUACAAGGUGGAGGCAGUCAAUAUAAUCUGCAAAAUGGCAUCUAUGGUGAACAAAUCUACCCUUGAGCGCUUGCUGCUUCCUCGAUUCUGUGAGCUUUGCAGCGAUGGAAAACUCUUUCAAGUUCGGAAGGUCUGUGCAGCCAGCUUUGGUGAUAUAUGCAGCGCAGUUGGGCAAGAAGCCACAGAAAAUAAUUUGAUUCCAAAGUUUUUUGAGCUCUGCUCUGAUAACAUUUGGGGUAUGCGGAAAGCUUGUGCUGAAUGCUUUAUGGCUGUUUCCUGUACUGUUUCUCCUGAGGUUCGGAGGACCAAACUGUCUCCCCUCUUCAUCGGUCUCAUUAGUGAUCCUUGCAGAUGGGUUCGUCAAGCUGCUUUCCAAUCACUUGGUCCUUUCAUUUCUACUUUUGCAAACCCUUCCAGUGCUGGUCUUUACAUUCGAGAGGAUGGGACGCUCAGCAUCCGGCCUUGUAGUCCAUGCCCAGACCACAGUGCAAAUGUAAAGCUAUCAAGAUCAGAGAACUCAGUGGAAAAUAAAUUGGAAUCUCUGGCAGUGGAAUCUUCCUUUACCCCUGUGGUUUGUUCUGAAAUGUCACACCUGGAUGCACAGAAUCAAUGUUCAGCCAUACACAUCAAUUUUGGACUAGAUCAGACUAUAUUACCUCAGGGAGAUGAGACUUUUUUAACUAACGAUAUUAAAAACUGUCAAACCAGCGAAUAUCAGGAAAUUAGCUCAAGAAUCCAGUCCGGACAAGAUGUGUUUAAUACUUUCUUAUACUGGCGACCUCCUCUUCCUGAUAUAAGCCAAGAUAUAGAGCUUCUUCAGGGCAAGACAGAGAUACAUGAGAGCAACUCUGUAUCACAGGCACUUUAUAAUAACUGCGUUGCCAGCAGUGAAAUUAAAAAAGUUCUGCAAAGUUUGCAGCAGCACAUGGAUGACCCCGAUGUUCAAGCUCAGGUUCAAGUACUGUCUGCUGCACUCAGAGCUGCCCAUCUUGAUUCUGUCAGUGGCUGUGACAGCAAGCAGAAUGUGGAAGUUAAUGAUACCUAUCAAGAAGACAUCCCAAAUUUGGUCUGUACUUCCAGAACAGCAGAUGUGAAUAUCUUAUCUUCAUUGCCAAGUCUGGCUGAUGUGAUUAAGUUACCUGAUCCAACUAUAAUAAAAAAUGCGAAGUCAGAAGAACAACACAAUGAUGUCAACAAAGCUUUAGAGGCACAAGAGAAUGAUCCACAUCUUGAAGAAGAUAAAUCAAAAUUGCAGGACAUUAUACCUCAGCCUUUGUUGGAGCAGUAUUUAUCUAUGACAGACCCUGCUCGAGCACAGACAGUUGAUACUGAAAUUGCGAAACACUGUGCAUACAGUCUUCCUGGUGUGGCCUUAACACUUGGCAGGCAAAAUUGGCAUUGUUUGAAGGACACCUAUGAAACUUUAGCAUCCGACGUACAGUGGAAAGUCCGUCGCACGCUUGCUUUUUCCAUUCACGAGUUGGCUGUAAUUCUGGGAGAUCAGCUAACAGCAGCCGAUUUAGUGCCUAUUUUCAAUGGUUUCUUAAAAGAUCUGGAUGAAGUACGCAUUGGAAUCCUCAAACAUCUUUAUGAUUUCUUAAAGUUGCUUCAUGCUGAAAAAAGACGUGAGUACCUUUAUCAGCUUCAAGAAUUUGUGGUAACUGACAAUAGCAGGAAUUGGAGAUUUCGUUAUGAACUUGCAGAGCAGCUCAUUUUGAUACUUGAACUUUAUAAUCCCAAUGAUGUGUACGACCACUUAAGACAUAUUGCACUAACGCUCUGUUCAGAUAAAGUUUCUGAAGUUAGGUGGAUCUCCUUCAAAUUGGCCGUAGCAAUACUGCAGAAGUUCUAUGCAUACAAUGCAACCUCUCUGGGAUUAAAUUUCAUUAAUGAGUUGAUUAUGAGAUUCCGCCAUUGUUCCAAGUGGGUUGGUCGACAAGCAUUUGCCUUCAUCUGCCAGGCAGUAGUUGAAGAAGAAUGCAUGCCCGUGGACCAGUUUGUUGAACACCUGUUGCCCAGCCUUCUAAGCCUGGCUUCUGAUCCUGUGCCAAAUGUACGGGUUUUGCUUGCCAAAGCAUUGAGGCAGACAUUAUUGGAGAAAGCGUAUUUUAGAAGUGUCGGGAACCCUCAUCUGGAUGCUGUGGAAGAGACUGUUUUGGUUCUCCAAGCGGAUAGGGAUCAAGACGUUUCAUUUUUUGCCACCAUCAAACCAAAACUCAGUAACAUGCAUAUCACGUUACUUGAAAAGCAAAAUUAACAUUUUUUUGUGCAUGUAGUCUAUGAAAUUACUAUUCAGCUAACAAGUUCCUGCUAUGACUACUAACCGACAUGGUAGAAGAGGACUCUUAUCAAGGAAAUAAUGCAAUUCGCAAGAAAAGGCCAUGUUCUUAAUCCUGUUUAUUAAAGUGAGAAACAUGUUUGUCCUUUUAUGUACAUGCCACCUUGAUAUGGAAUAUUUGGUUUUUUAAAUUUUUUAAUAUAAUUAUGUUCUUUCAUGAAUACGAGGAGUAAUGCUUGUCUAUCAAACAUCCAGCUAUAUGUUCAUAUGGUUAUGUGAGCUUGUGCAUAUUUGCAGCUCAAACAUCAUUCCACAAACUAAGAAUGCCUUUCACGCUGACUCAAGUUACAGUGACAAACCAGGACAAUACUUGGUUUGACUAAAAUUAAGAGCAUUGUUGGUGAACCUAAAACACGUGGGCCUCUUGCUUAUUUUGUUCUUAAUUGAACCACGGGCAUCCCCAUUAUAUUGUAUUACAUUAUUUAAAGCAUGAAAAUGUGCUCUUUGGUAAAGAGUUCAGAAAACAAAUCUGUAACUUGAAAAAAGAUAAAGUAAAAGUGCAGAUUAAUGUUCUCUUUAAGGUGAUGGCAGACAGUUUCAUGAUCGUUAGCAGAGUGUGGGAAAUUAAAUGAACUAUUCUUUGUCCUUCCUAUUCACCUGUUAUCUUUGGCCGGUGCUGGUCUGUCUUGUGAUGAGAACUGCUGUUUUUAAACAGCUACAUCUGAAGAAAUCCUUACAUAUUUUCUAGGGUAUAUUUCAUUGGAGACGGUUUGAUGCUUGGGUCUAUAAACCGCAGGAAUAGGACUGACAUGUUUUGGGGAGUUUCUCAACAUUUGCUCAGUAGAAGGAAAUUAACAUUUUCUCUUAGAAAGAAGCUAGGGAUAUGAGUUAGCAUAAGUUUGAAGUUCCAAGAAUUGAGUGUGUAUACUGGGAAUAUUCUUUUUUUCCCCAAGAUUGACAGAAAAUUCAGUAUGAAAUAUUUUAUCUAGCAAUCUGUAUAGCCCUUGGAUUUUGCAGAACUCCCCUAAAUGUGUAUUCCAUCAUCAGCUAUGUCUGAAGAUUGAGAGACCUUCUGAAACAGCUUUCCACUUAGUAUGGGAGGAUCUCCACUUAGAGGGCAAAUGGCCCUUAGACCAACCUUGAUCCCUGAGCUUCUUCCUGAAGCUAUAGAAUAAAAUAAUAGUUUUUCUUAAUUGCUUUGGACAAGAUAAAAAUGGGAAAAAAAAUAUAAAUCAGAAAAGGAAAGGGAAAGAGGUAGAUCAAUGUUUCUCUUGAUUUUACAUUGUUAAAAUACAGUAAUACAAGAGAUUUGGAAAAACAAUGAAACUUUGAUCUAUGAAGUGUUUCCCAACCUUGGCAACUUUCAGAUAUGUGGACUAGCUGGCUGGGGAAUUCUGGGAAUUGAAGUCCACAUAUUUAAAGUUACCAAGGUUGAAAAACCAUGGUCUAGUGAGAGCUGCUGGACAUAGCCUUCCCACCUUAAAGAUUAUACUGUGAGUCCCCUAGCUCUAGAUAGAUACGAACAUUUAACUUAUACAAAGAAUUUACUAUAUAUACUAGUGUAAGAACUAACCCCCCAUCCCCCAUCCCCAAAACAACCCCCUCUUACAGCAUGAUUUGUUUGGCAGAACGAAAAUGUAUGUGACAUAGGCACCUCCUAGGAAUCAUUCACGGAAAUAAAUGAUCAUUGCUUGAGUUAAUGGUUUUUUAGUUACGGAACAAUAUUCUUAAAAUGUUUUUAAAUUGUGUAUUGAAAUAGACAAGGUUUUUAAUCCCAAAAAUCUAUAAGAAAGAUUUUAAUUUUGGGAUAAACAUAGUGGAAUCACUUUAGAAAAUCUGUAAAAUAUGCUUUGUUGCAAGCCUGAUUAUUUAGCUAAUAUCUUAAAUGUCCUUGUUACAAAUAAGUAGCUGUCCUGUGUAUUGUCUGUUUGUGUCUUUUUUUAAAAAAAAAAUACAAUGAUUUAAUUUAUUAGAAUUGUUUAACACAUUUUGGACACAAUGCUAUGAAAGAUUGUGUUCCAGGUUGCGAAACAGUUUUUAGAUUUUAUAAUAAUCUUAUUUACUUUGCAAGUUUCUAAAAUGUUUUUUGAACAUCUAAAAAUAUGUCUUUGGUAUUUCAGUAUAAAAAUGUGUAAACUAAAUUCUGCAAGCUGAUUCUAUAUUUAAGUGUUUGAGUAAGUUUUAAACAAAAUGCCUCUUCAAUGCAAAUGAUUUUUUAAUGUCUGCAGUUACUCUGCAGUGACAGUUCUUUUGUAGUUUCACUAUCUUUUUCUAACGCUAGUAUCCUACAAAUAUUUUAAUACCGGUAGUUAAGAUUUUUCUAAAAAAUUGUUCAAUUUUUGCUUCUGUAAAAAGUUCAUUUUUUUCAUCACCAUGUUUUUGAAUGCAUGUAGAAAUGUCUGAAAAGAACUGUAUAUAUAAUCUGCUGUUUAGACAUUAAAACAGUUGUUUGAUGGCCAUCUUAAUUUUAGAUUAGAAUUAUUUCCCGCACUAUCCAACUAAAUAUCAAAAAUCUGCGUGGAGAACGUUGAUGUAGUUUUCAUGAAAAUACUUUAAUUGGCAUUAUUUAUGCAUGAGUAAAUGGCUGAAAAUUUUCACUGAAAUGACAAAUCAAACUUUUCGUUAAUAAUUACCACCUUUUCCUAGAUCUGAGGAUUUUUAAAAAUUAAACAAUUUUCUUUUUGUUAAAAAAUUUUGUAGAAUGUUUUCAAACUCUAUAGUUGCAUGCAGUAGAGGAAGGAAAAAUUCUGGACACUCCCAACUUGCUUUGGUUCCCCAUAUAUUUUUGCAUUCAGUUUAUUAUUUAGCUUUGGGUUAAAUAAUUGCACCAACACCAUUCAUUUCACAAUGGCUGUUAGACCCACUUAUAUAUCAGCCCUGGGAUCUGUGCAGUACGGUAGUCUUAUGAACUGUUUUACCUGUAAUAAAAACUGCAUGACAGAGUGAUGGUACCUUACAGGUUACUCUGUAGGUGAAAAAACACCAAUGGACACUUGAGGAGGAUAGUCACAUGCUCUUUUUCAAAUAACGUAAACGUAAUUAAACCUCACAGUUAAAGCUGAUACAUAGUCACCUCUUCUUACAGAAGCUGCAUAGAUUUCAUUUUGAAAUCAAACCUGGUGUUGCCUGUUGCAACAUAGUUACAACUCUUUAGUUGCAAUUCUGCUUUAGUAGUUAAACCUGUCAAGAAUGGUGGUUAGAAUCCAAAUAGUCGGAUAGAGUCUGAAUGUGCCACUGAUUUUGUAAGAAUCUAUGUAACUUUCUAUUCUUAUUUAUAUCAAUAAAUUCCACCACUGUUUUAUCAAA